UAUCUCGUAGGAAAAUCAGCAACAUGUUCUGUCGCUGUGCUGGUGUGCCGUGACCAGGUUGCAAGUGCCAUUCGGUGCGAUUAAUUCCAUGAGGCCGUUGUCGUUGUGAAUAAAUUCGCAUUCGUCCGAAAAGUAUGUCUGUGGAAUAUCCCGAUGAUUUGAAUCCGUUCGACGAUGAGGAGACGGAAGAGGAAACGAAAGCCGCGGAACCUUCGCCAUCGAGAAGCAUGCGCGGGAGUGUGCCAAGUGUGUCUGUACCUCCAGUGAUUGUUUCUCAUGUGGACGAUGACGACCCGAUUGAUAAUGAUAAUGUCGUCGAAAUUGAGAAGAACGUUAACGAAAAUGAUGAACCAGAGAAAAAGGGGGAGAAAGGCGACGUGGGUCAAGCGCGUGAAGACGUCGUCGUUCCGUCCGUAUCAGUCCCUGUUGAUGUUACCGUUGAAGUGACGUCCGAGGAUGACAAUGUCCACGCAAAGGUGUGUGAAAAGGAGGCGCCGUCGCCUUUUGAUCCUCCGCCUCGGCCGCCACAGCCGAAAAUGCCAGUGCCCCGGAUCGAGUCGUACGACAAAGCCCUGAACCCCUUCGGUGAUGACGAUGACGACGACGACUGCCGCGACAAAGGGAAAGCACAAGUCGUAGCUGUUGAGACGAGGCCGCCACCGGUGCCCAAGUCGUCCCCGCGGCGAUACAAGAAGAAAGCCCCGGCACCGCCGCCACCGACGCCGCCAAAGGCAGUGGAGGAAGAACGCCCCACGAGCCGCAUCUCGAACGGGUCUUUGGACUCUAUCGGGUCCGGGACGCCGCUGCAGAAGAAGAAGCCGGCGCCCAAUGCCCCGAUCCCGCCAAAGCGCGUCUUCCCCGACGGCUUCAAGGACAAGCUGAGCAAGGAGCUGCAAGACGUCGACGUGAAGCUGGAACAGUUGAGUCGUCAACGGGACGCCAUCAAGGGCCAGCUGUCCUUUUUUGGCAUCGACGAUGCUGACCUGCAGGACAACGAUGCUCCAGCUGGAGAAGAAUCGCGUGAUCACGAUGGCGGUGGCGUCGUCGUUGUAGAUGACAGCAAGAUUGAUCAAGGCCACUGCGAAGGAGACGAGAAGGACGCCGACGAGAAAGGAGGAGCCGCGGGAGUGGCGUCGGGCGACACCGCCACCCCCAAGGAAGCAAAGGAAGAGGUGGAGGAGGAGGUGGACUCGCGGGACACGGCCCUGGUGCUGGACAAGCUGACGCAGCUGGCGUCGAUCGGCGAGGAGAUCGAGGACCUGACUUGGCGCCGGAAGGAGGUGGCCUUCGACCUGGAGGACUUCGCGCUCAACGAGGAGCACGCCGAGCUGGACCACCGCAUCCGCGUGAUCCAGGCCAGGCCCACGUGCGUCGUGUCGCCCGAGGAGAAGGCCGAGGAGGCGGAGCUCAUCCAUCGGCUCAUGCAGGUCGUGAAGCGGAGGGACGAGCUGGUGGAGAAGAUGGAGGCGGACCGGAACUUGCGGAGAGCGCUGAUGAUUGUGGUGGACGACGACACGCUGCACCAUCCCAGCGGUGGUCUUGGCCGUUUUUCGUCGUCGUCCUCUUCCUCCUUGCUUGCUGGUGCCGCCUCGGCCUCCCCCUCCACGUCUCCGGCAGCGGGGGACAAGGGCAAGCGGAAAUACAAGUUGCCCAAGCUCAAGUCAAAGACGUUGAGGAGGAUUAGAGACAAGGUCGUGCUCCACCACCACCACCACCAUGGCUCUGGUGCCACUGCCGCCCCCACCACCACGGAGGACGACUCAAAGCGACGUUCUUCCAAGAAGAGCUGAGUUGCGAAGCGCCCCGGAAUCGGGACGCGAUGAUGUGGCUCUACUGGACCGUAUUAUACUUCCUCGAUGGCUGCCAGCCAGUGUUCUGUUUUUUUUUUUUGGUUUUGUUUUUUUAAGAAUUGAUUUCAAUAAUUUCUAUUUUAUUUAUUCAUCUAACCAAGUUGUGUGUCCGCCGAGUAGAGGUUCCCCUUCUGAUACUGCUGCGAGCUUGAAUAACUGUCGUUGUUAUCCGUCUCUUGCGCCAACUUGAAUCAUCGCAUCAACCGAGCUUAUUGCUUGAUGUCCUUCCGCAGAUAUUCUUUGUUCCUUUUUAUUUUUGGAUCAUGUUUUAGUAGAUUCGUGACCAAGGUGCUGUACAGUUCGAGAAGAACGCCUCGUUAGCGUUUUGUUUUUGCUAAAUUUCCUAUUUUGGAUGUGGUAGACAAUUGGAGCUGGAGUGCAGCGCAAAAACCGAUGUGAAUGGGCGAAUGCGUCCGAUCAUUUCUUGCUGGCCUCUUAUUCAAGAAGAAAAAGAAGCUGAAGACGAUGAAAAGAGAAUAAAAUGGAAACGCGUGGGAAAAAUUGGGAGCACGUUUCAAGUGCGUGGAAGAAAACGGGGGGG